AGAAGAAAAUGUCCAACAGCGUCAAGCAGAAGUGGUCCGCCACUGCAUGGCCUCUGAUGUGUGAUGCCAGGUGUUAGGCAGGGUAUUUUGGUGCAGCACUCGGAAGUGACUCUUCCCCUUUUCAUAACUUUAAGUUGCAGCUCAAGUGGAGAGGGCAUCGAUAUGUGUUACAUAUGAAGACAGAAGACGAACAACUCAGUUAAUAAAAGAGGAAGCGCAGGAAGAAAAUGGAGGACCACAAAACGGUGCAGUUCAUGAGACUCUUGUCAGAAGACAGCAUUGGAUCUACCUUGUCCUCAGACUCAUGUGAGUACUAUCAGACCGAGAUAUAUGACCUGCUGCCCAGUGUCCAGGCUGUACGGUCCCUGCAUGGCGGCUAUGAUACACAGGAAAGCCAUGGUGGUCCAGAGCCUGAGGAGUCAAGAGGACCAAGAGAUAAGAUGUCUCAACAUCCCCUCAGGAACCUGGCCAUGUCUAUGCACGGAAAGAGAGAUGCAAGGGAAAGGAGGAAAAUGCAGAUCAGUAAUAAUGGUUUUAUAAAGUCAUGGAGUCGGAGCCAGAGCAUCAACCGGAAGAGGAUCCAAGCUCAGGUGCGAGAGAUGGGGUUCAGCCUGUUGCCAUGGCGACACAUACUCCUCAAGAUUCAAGCGAGGUUUGGGGUCGGAGUCAAGUCCUACUUUGUUUUCCUCAGAUAUCUGAUCUGCCUGAAUCUGCUACACUGUGCUCUAAUCGGAGGCUUCAUUCUGGGGCCCACAGCAUUUUAUGGCAGAAACAGGACUGAAUCGUUGAGGUUUAACAAAAAUGACUCAGUGUUAGAUUUCUUCCUGGGAUCGGGAUUUCUUGAUCGUUCUCCUGUUUUCAUUGGUUUUUACACCCCUGGCUCUCUGGAUCUAAGCUGCCUGAACACUCCCCUGCUGUACCUUGCCGGGAUCCUCAGCAUCUUUGCCUUUAGUCUCAUCAUAGCGGCCCGCAGAACAACUGUUGGCUAUAAGCACACCUGGAUGCUUGAGAAGCGUACUAGUGUGAAUGUAAGCUUUAAGAUCUUCUGUGGCUGGGACUUUAACAUCCAGGAUCCAGCAGCUGCAAUGCUCAAGCACAGCUUCAUUAGAAACGAUCUCAAGCUUUUUCUGGAGGAGCAGAGCUUCUCCUUGAGGAAAGCUCAGAGGACUCUUGGGCAAAAGGUGCGUCUCUACCUGCUUAGGUUCAUCCUAAACCUGGUUGUUUUAUCACUGCUCGGUGGAGCUUUUUACCUCAUCUACUUUUCCACAAUGCUAUCACUCACUGAGAGUUCAGACGGAUGGUUUCUUAACCUGGUCCUUCAGUAUCUUUCACCCAUAACCAUCACUUUUGUGAACCUAAUCCUCCCUCACAUGUUCCGUAAGGUCUCGUCUUUUGAGGACUAUUCUUUAACUGUUCAAGUAAAUGCAACACUUGUGAGGAGCAUCUUCUUGAAGCUGGCUUCCCUUGGAAUUUAUUUGUUUUUCGUCUUCAAAACGCGACAAACACAGCAAGAAAAAUCUGGGUGCAGAGAAAACCAGCUUGGCAGAGAAAUGUACAAACUGUGUAUCUUCAACUUCAUCGCCACUUUCUGCAGCACUUUCUUUGUGAACUACCCGAGGAAGCUUUUGCAGGAGAUGUAUCCAACAUCCUUGCUUGCACGUCUAUUAGGCAAACAGAGAUUCCUGAUUCCUUUUAAUGUGCUGGAUCUGGUUUAUGUGCAAACUGUAUCUUGGGUGGGAGUCUACUACUGCCCUCUGCUGCCGCUGAUUGGAGUAGUCACGCUGGUGGCCACAUUCUACAUCAAAAAGUUCAGUGUCCUGCGGUGUUGUGUGGCAGAACAGCGGAUGUUUCGAGCCUCCAACUCUUCAGUUUUAUUCCAUUUCAUGUUGCUGUUGGGUCUCCUAAUGGCUGCAGCCGCACCAGUCUUGGACUAUUACCAGUCUAAGCAACCAAACACCAUCUCUAGGAUCUCCUGUGGUCCAUUUUUAAAUCAAGAAAGUGUGUUUAAUGUGACCAACAAAUGUGUGAAAAGACUUCCCAGUUCAGCCCAGACUGCUAUACGCUACCUGUCUUCUGAAGCCUUUGCCCUGCCUCUCCUGCUAGCCGAAAUCAUCCUCCUAACGUCAUACGUGUCACGGGGACGCGCCAACCAGAGGGCAAUUGAACGGCUUAAAGACAUGCUGGUUAUGUGCAGCUCAGAUAAGCGAUACCUGGUGAAGCAGCACGCCACCAUGCUGAGAGGUCAGAAGAACGCAAAGCGGGGCCGUCCUGUAGCCGUGGAGCAAAAGACGCCCCUCCCGUCUCACCUGGCAGCAGACUGACAGAUGGAUAAUCAAACGACCUAUUUUGUGAAAUAUUCAGAAAGAAAAAAAAGUGAACAAUUGAAACCUGUAACCUUAUUGUGUAAAUCAGCAUUCCCAUCAUUACAACCACUUACCUAACAAUCAUUUUAUAAAUCAGUGUCUAUGAUAAGUUAAUUUGUACACUGCUUAAAAACCCUUUUUUUAUGUAUGUAAACAUGGUUUAUAUUUGCAUUCAUUUAUUUUAUGUCUGAAAUAUAUUUCUAUAUAUCCUUUAAAUGUUCUUGAUUCAUUAAACUCUACAUUAAAUAUAUGU